CGCUACAAUGUGUACAUAGCCUUAGAAACAACGAGUGUACAAAAUAUGCUCAUGAGUCUACGGUCUACUACUACUAGCACUUGCUAUGAGGCAAUUUAGCACUAUCGUACUAUUAAAAAUGGAAAUUUGAAAUGUUUUCCAUCAAAACAAUACUGUAAACAAUUCAAUUUAUUUUCGCACACACAUACAAGUUUGAUACAGAUAUUAACAAAAAUAAUACUUGCAAAACAACAACAAUACACAUUAAAACAAAAUGAAAAGAAAGUGGUUCAAAAAAAGGGUGGAGGAUUGAAGGGGUUUUCCAAAUAUAGAUAUCCAUGUACUGGGAAAACCUUAAAACCUUGAGAAGGUGAAAAAGGUAUCAGGUAAAGUAGAAGAUGGUAGAUAUGAAAGGAUGGGAUUAAUGAAGAAAAAUAAGGAAAGGGAUGAAAAAGAAACCGAUAGGACCAGGUGUUAAAGAAAGAUUCGAAGAACAGUUCAAAUCAGUUCUAAAUCUGUUUUGAAUAACUUUUUAUGAGUUAUCAAAGUUGUAAAGUCUUUUUUCGAGACAUUAGAAAAUUCCUUCUCUGAUGACGGUGAAAACGCAAAACUUGGUGAUGGACGUAUGAAUGAAAUUCGAUGUGUAUGAAGUUGCCGCUUUGAUCAUAUGCGCCACUGUAUUCACGACCACUAAACGGCAGUCGUAUAUAGUCGAGGCUAGAGACGGCUGCUACACGACGUCCAUACGAUAAAAAUCGUUGAUCGACGUGUUUGUAAUCACCCAUUCAUUCCAUUGCGCCACUAUAGAAAACUGAACGUUCGAUUUUUUAUCGAACGACCAAAAUCGAUGUGUUUGAAAAGCUGAUUUUGUUUGAACGUCCAGCUUUCCAUCGGCUUCACUACCACAUAGCAAAAAGAUGGCAAACAGCUGAUGCGAAUCAUUAAAAAUGCACGAUCACGAUCAAAAUCGUUAUAAAAUCGAUGUGUCUGAAAUCUACUUCAAGUUUUGGUCGUACGAUAAAAAUUCGAACGACCUUUUAUCGAACGACCAAAAUCGAUGUGUGUGUAGCUAGCCUUACAGAUAAAUUCGAUAACAAAUUGCGCAAUGUGACAAUAUUAUAUCAUAAUGACAAUAUAUCUUAAUGAUUAUUAUUUGAUCAAUGGUGGAAAAAUAUCUAAAUAUUACUUGAUGAGUAAUAAAAUAAAUAACUAAUCGAAAUAAAUUAUUGAGAAAAGUAUCAUAGAAGUAUAAUUUUAGUUUAAAAAAAUAUAUAAACUUUUGCAUUGGAACAAAAAUAAUUAAUUUUCAUUAACUUUGGCGGGGAGGAGAUUGCUCUACAAAGUGAGAAAUUUUGUUAUUGACAAAUUAUUUUGUAGUCAAAUGGCAUUAACUCACAAACUAGACUGCCAAACAGCUGACUGAUGAAUAUCUGAAGCACCUGGUAACUGGUAAGUGAUAUGUUACUAUGUUGUUUAUUAACCUUUCAAUUUACUGCUAAGAACUUUGGGUAAAGCGUAUUAGUUUUUGUUUUCGUCAUGUAAAAAAUUUUUCCAAAUUUAUCAGUGAAACUUUGAAAAUUAUUUAAUGUGAAAAUGAGUUGCAAGAAGACAGUGAAGGUAAUAGAUUUGGGAGCGCAGACAAUAAAUUUGGCGAGACAACAGUUGAAAAGUAAAGCAUCGAUAUGUCCCGGUCAGAAGUGGGACUCGUGUUCGGGGUCGAUUCCGUCGCCACCGGGCAAGCGGAUCGCGGUGUGUACAUCGGAGCAGCUGAGGGGAAUGUGUCCGCCAGACCCGUGCGAGUGUCCACCCCCACCGCCGCCACCACCCACCACCGCCCAGCGCCUGAGGCGGCUGCUGUUGGCCGGUGCUAAGGUGGUACUCCUGGCCGGAGUGAUCAAGUGGACCGACGACCUGGGUGUGUGGGGUGACGCUCGUCGCACCGAUCAACUGCUCACCAACGCACAGGCCAGGCUUAAGCCCAUCGUACAGUCCAUUAAGCCCGCCACAGAUGACGACUACUCGCACACCAACUUUGCCACCAAAUGGAACAAUCUCGUCAUAUACGUUUUCAACAUGCUGGCUGUUCUACCGUCGAAAGUCAGCGGUGCAGUUUUGAGUAAACUUCAUUCUAUUCAAGCUCCACCACCUGAGGCUGAAUCAAAACCUGAGCCUGAGAAGAAAAAAUGAUUCAAAUAUUUUUCCACUGUAAAUUCUAGUUUGAAUAAAAAUUAUAAAGAAAACAA